UUCGCAAUCGCUCACGGGAUGUUAUGUAGUAAUAUCAAACACAUGAGAAUAACUAAAUCGAUGCAGAACGAAGUCCGAUAUCUGUCAAUACUUUAUAACAUCACAAUCUAUUUUCAAAAGAUGCGUCUGCCGCGGGCAGGACAAUUUUCUCAUUAAAAGGUUUUGUGUACCUGAAAAUAUGUCCCGUUUCAGGAUAUUUAAAGACAUCGGUGUGUAUAGAUUAUGGAAUGUGUGGACUCGUAGCUAUUUUUUGAGUCAUAUGGUUAAGCGGUGUCGGCGGGAUCGAAGUGUGAGGGAUGUUCUUCAAUGUUUUCGUCAAACAUUCUUGAGGCCACGAAGGACCUUGCUCCUCUCUGCCACGGCUGCAUACCAUCGAGGAGACGACGAGACACCAGAUAGUUGCGAGAACAGCAUAUCCGAUGAAGAUUUGGAGGCAUUAAUAACUGAACUGGACGGAAUCGAGGAGCUCUCGCGGAGGACGUUGUUCUGCGUCGGCUGCGGCUGUCGUCUUGUCAUCGACAAGAAACACCCGGGCAUUCAGUAUUGUGUUUGCAAGGACGCUCAGACGAGCCUCGAGUCGGACGGCUGGAGCCCGUUUAUGGAGGCCGAUGACGUCAUCAUCUGGCGCAAGGAAUACAAGCCCGGCCAGGGUCUAUACGCGUACAAAGUGUACGGCAGGUACAGGGAAGUGAGGGCCGAGGACUUCGCUGCCGUUCAAGUCGACGGCGCCUACCGGACAGUCUGGGACACGGCCGUCGCGUCGCUGUCGGUGGUCGAGAGGGACGCGAACGGAGUCCCCGGCCAGGCCGUGCUCCACUGGGAGGUCCUGUGGCCGAGAUUGUUCGCGAAUCGAGAUUACGUAUACAUACGUAGGCACAAGGAGUUCGAUGUUAAAUCGAAAAGCGAUCCUCAUAAGGAGGUUAUAUUUAACGAGGAGAUUAAGAAGAGACUGUCCAGUGAUGAAAGGACGAGCGUCCACUCGAACGCCAAGAGGAGGGCGCUGGAGGCCGAGAAAUUCGUGACUAGAACGAAACCCAGGAUCGAAAACAAUAAGGUCUACAUAAUAGUGUCGAAGUCCUGCGAGCAUCCCAACGUACCGGAGACCAAGAAUGCCAUCAGGGUCUCCGAGUACUGGAGUCACAUGGUCAUCAAGACACUGAACGGAGUCGACCAGACAGGGAUGGAGUUUGUGUUGACGUAUUAUGACGAGCCAGCCGUGGGCGGGUUGCCCACAGGGGUAGCGGCGUGGGCCACGGGGCGGGCGGCUCCCGCAUACCUGCAGAGGAUGAGGACGGCCGCGAUGAAUUACAGAGAGCGCACCGCCGUGGAGGACCAGCAGGAUCUCCCUGAUUUCGUACCGGGCAAAGUCUCGAACGUAACCGUCGAGAAGGAGCCUCAAGUCAACGAAGAGGAUAUGGAGUCAUCGAAACAAGGUCCAGAAUUGAAUGGAAACAAGGAGACGAAAACCCGAGAUCAGAGCACACAGACCGACGACGACCCACCCGAUGUUAAGUCGAGAAUUAAUGCGGACAAGCCGAGUGGACCUCGUGUUAGUAAGGCCGUGCAGACAUCCACGGAACAAGAUGGCGAUCGGUCGGAUGACGAGACAUCUGUUAGCUGGUGGCGCUAUCUAUAUCCCCUGUACUACUUUGUUUAGUUAAAUUAAAUAAUAGAGCAAAAAAAUUCCGACUUUAUAGACGCGAAAAUAGAAUCGAUUUUCGUUUAAAAUCGAUUUGACCAGUGGCUCUCAAAUUAUUAUAAUAUAUAACACCUAAUUAAUAUAUCGCACCUUUAGAAUUACAGAGAUCAAUUUCGGAAUUUUUUGUAUUUCGACUUUAAUUUAAAAAAAAUGGACCUAUAACGACCCCUUUCAGUGACUCUUAAUAAUCAAAUGUCCAAAAGUGGCUUGUAAAGAGACAAACUUAUCUGUCGGUCUCUUUCAUUCCGUCCCCUUCCUCUACAUCUGCCUACCAGCGCCCUGCCUAUUUCUACCGUGAAGCAGUAAUGCGUUUCGUUUGAAGGGUGGGGCAGCCGUUGUAACUAUA